AUGAAGACCAAUUACCGCACGGCUGGCAAGGGCCGCACCAAUCAGGUCAUCUGCCUGCGCUCGCAUGCCGCCCGCUUCUUCCUCUCCCACGAGAUCGAGAGAAUCUUUGGAUUCCCGCCCGGAUACACCAAGAUUCCCGCCGCCCGGUUCGCCGCAAUCAAGGCGGGGAGGAGAGGGGCGGCAGGGGGGAAAACAGGGACGGGGAAGGGGCGAGAAAUUGGCAGGGCAGUGUUCGAUGGGGUGAGGGAGGUGAGAGAGGAAGGGGAGGUGAGAGAGGAGGAGGGAGAGGACGCGGAGGAGGUUAGGGAAAUGGGGGAGGUGAGGGGGGUGAGGGAGGUGAGCGCAUGCAUUUCCCGGGGAUAUGAAGGAGGAAAGAGAGGCGCUGAGGGGCUGGGUGUGGUGGGAAGAGAUGGUAGGAAGUGGGUGUUGGGCGUUGAAGCAAAGGCGUGUGGUGAGAGGCGGAUACAUAAGGGCGGAGAGGUGAGAAGGUGGGUGGAGGGGAAGAUGAAUGGAGGGGCGAAUAGAGAGAGGGAGAGAGGUGGAGGAAAGAGGAGGAGAGUCUGGAAGGGGCGAGAUGGAGGAGAGUUGCAGGGUGCGGCUCGGUGUGAUGCGGUGAGAAGUGGUGAUUGUGCGGAUGCUGAUGGUGAUGAGGGUGAUGAUGUUUUUACUGGUUAUCAUGGUGGUGCUGCUGUCAAUGGUGCUUCAGGACUGAAUCGUGAUAAUGCGGUGAAGAGCGGUGAUGUUGGGGUGUUGAAGGGUGAUAAUGCGGUGGAGAACGGUCAUGCAACGGAUCAUGAAGAUAAUGAUGAUAACGAUGAUGUGGUUGAAGUGAGGAGGGGCGUGCAGCAGUGGGCCCAGGAGACGCGGGGCAGGCGGAGCGGGGGUGGUGAGAGGGCGAGUGGGAGGGAGAAGGGGGAAGAGGCGAGUGCGGGGAAGGAGAGAGGGCAUGAGGAGCUGCAGGAGAGGGACCGAUGGGGUCUGCUGGGCAACUCAUUUCCAGUGGCAGUGAUAUCAUACCUGCUCACGCCACUGCUCUCCCCGUCGCUGCGCCUCUCUGCUCCCCCCUGUGCGCUGCCUGCCUUUGUGCCUCCCCACGUCGCUCGUGCCAAGUGCGCCCUCAUGGUGCCAGGGGAGGUGUGGGCGGCGUACAGCUGGAGCAAGCUACCCAAUUGGUACGCGCUGAUUCUCUCUGUGGAGGGCGGCAGGUUCGAUACCGAGUCGCUUCGCAAGCCAGCACCACUCUGCAUCACCUAG